AUGGAUAGAAUAACAUUUAGUGUAAAUGGGGAGAAGUGUUCCGUUGGUCCAGAAGUGGACUCAGACACUUCAUUAAAUGAUUACAUCCGGAACAAUUUAAAUAAAAGGGGUACUAAAUACAUGUGCAAGGAAGGCGGAUGUGGAGCCUGUAUUGUAGCUGUCACUGUAGACUAUCCCUAUCGCAGAAUGUUUUCGGUUAAUUCGUGUUUAGUAUCAGUCACAUCUUGUCACAAUUGGGAGGUAACCACGAUAGAGGGGAUUGGAGGCAGGGGUAAGGGAUAUCAUCCAAUACAAAAAACUUUGGCUGAAUACAACGGAACACAGUGUGGGUACUGUUCCCCUGGAUUUGUGAUGAGCAUGUACAGUCUCCUGGAAUCAAAUCAUUACGAUUUAACACAAUACGAAAUUGAAAACGCUUUUGGAAGUAACACCUGCAGAUGUACGGGCUUCAGGCCAAUACUUGAUGCUUUCAAAAGUUUUGCCAAAGAUGCUCCAAAACCUCCUCCAAAGAUUGGAGACAUAGAAGAUUUACGCAUUUGUAAAAAUAAAGAAGAUUGUCAAAAAUGUGAUAAGAGUUGGUGUUUUGUCAACAAAAGUGAUUUAAAUGUUAACGAUACAAAGAAAAUUGAACUCAAAGAUGGUCAUAUAUGGUACAGAUUGAAUACCUUGGAUGAUAUUUUCCAAGUCUUAGAUUUAGAGGGAUAUGAUUCCUACAUGUUAGUGAAUGGAAAUACAGGAAAAGGAGUUGCUCCAAAGUUGGUAUUACCCCGAGUUCUUAUAGAUGUGAGCCCCAUCGCAGAUCUUAAAGGAUAUUACUUCGAUCAGAAUUUAGUAUUCGGGGCUGGAAUGACUCUGACAGAUCUAAUGGAGUUGUUUAAAACCGUUGCAAAAGAACGUGAAGAAUUUCAGUAUUUAGAGAAGCUAUACGAGCAUUUGGAUCUCGUUGCGCAUAUACCUGUGAGAAAUAUCGGCUCUGUCGCUGGCAAUUUGAUGAUGAAGCAUCAACAACCAACCUUUCCUUCUGACGUAUUUCUGCUAUUAGAGACAGUUAUGGCCACUUUAACAAUAGUCUACAAAAGUUCAGUAAUAGAAGUGACUCCGGAACAAUUUUUGUCGUUGGACAUGCGGGGCAGAGUCAUAACACAAGUUAAAGUACCCCCGCUCUCUCACAACUACCAGUUUGUAUCUUUUAAAAUAAUGCCAAGAGCUCAAAAUGCACACGCUCAAGUAAAUGCAGCAUUUCUAUAUGAACUUGAUCCUCACGAUACAGACUUAGUAAGGUCAGCCAGAAUAGUCAUUGGUGGAAUUUCACAUGCGUUCGUUCAUGCUAAAGAAACAGAAAACUAUCUAACUAUGAAGAGAAUAUUUACUAAUGAAGUUCUUCAGCAGUCUUUGAAAAUACUAGAAGGUGAAUUAAAACCAGAAGAAGUGGCCGGUGAAAUGAAACCAAAAUAUCGGAAAAAGUGCGCACUUGGGUUGUUUUAUAAGAGUUUACUUGUUUUAAUACCGAAACAGCGAUUAAAGCCUUUUUAUCGGUCUGGGGCAAGAGAUUUUAGAAAGUCAAGACCAAUAUCCAAAGGCUCACAAGUGUAUGAUACAAAUCCAAUAUUAUGGCCCGUUAAUGAGCCGAUGCCUAAAAUAGAUGCACUAGUACAAUGUGCAGGAGAAGCUUUUUACGUGAAUGAUGUUCCUACUUUGCCAAAUGAGGUCUUUUGUGCUUUUGUAACCUCAGAUAUAUGCACUGGGGAAAUAGUUAACAUUGAUCCUGAACCUGCUUUAAAAAUACCAGGAGUGUUAGCAUUCUUCUCAGCAAAAGAUAUACCUGGAACGAAUUCAUUUCUUUCUCAAAAGGUGAACGGACAGCCUGCACCGGAAGAAAUAUUUGCACUUAAGAACAUUAAGUACUACGACCAAGCCAUUGGUAUAAUAGUAGCUGAAACUGAGAAAUUAGCAAACCGAGCAGCUUUGCUAGUAAAAGUUGAUUAUAAAGUGGAUAAAAAAAAGCCUAUAUUAACUAUAAAUGCUGCCCGUGAGAGGGACCCUAGUCGUGUAACUCUUUUUAUAGCUGUACCAGCAAGAGACCGUGGACAAGAUAUUCAGAGGAUCAUCAAAGGAUGUGACAACAUCUAUUGGCAGUACCAUUACACUAUGGAGACAAUAUCAGCUGUUUCCAAACCUAGUGAACUCGGCCUUGACGUUUUGGCUACUACUCAAUUUCCAGAUUCUGUAAUCGUUGGUUUAUCUGAAGCAUUGAAUAUACCUGAAAAUAGAAUUAACAUUAUCGCGCCUCGAUGUGGAGGCGCGUAUGGUCUAAAGAUAUCACGUACAAGUCAAGUCGCGAUUGCUAGCUCACUGGUCACCUACCUCUUAGACAGGCCUUGUAGAUUUGUUUUGAGUAUUCAAGCCAGUCUUCGAAUAAUGGGCAGGCGAUUCCCUUGUACGAGGGACUUCGAAGUUGCUGUGAAUGACUCAGGGGUGAUACAGUAUUUAGAAUGUCAUGUAUAUGAAGACAAUGGAUACGUGGCAACUGACAACGUCAAUAUUUUUGCUAUCAGCGGCCUCAAGAACUGCUAUAAUAACAGGAGAUGGCAAUUUAAGGUAUUCGAUGUACUAACAGAUACAGCAUCUAAUACCUAUGCGAGGGCACCAGGAAGCUUAGAGGCUAUUGCUAUGACUGAAAACAUGAUGGAACAAAUAUCUUAUGAAAUAGACAGGGAUCCUGUUGAAGUAAGAAUGAACAAUCUUGAUGAGAGUGUGCCUGAAGUAAGAGAGAUGGUGGCACAGCUCCUAAAAGAUGGAGAAUACACAAAACGAAAAGAAGAAGUUAACAACUUUAAUAGACUUAAUCGGUGGAAAAAACGAGGCCUUAGAGUCGCUUUUCUGAAUUGGCCAGCAUCUGCAUUGAUAAACUACAGCGUUCUCAUGACUGUGCAUCAUGGCGAUGGCACGAUAGUGAUCAUGCAUGGAGGUAUAGAAAUCGGUCAAGGUAUUAACACAAAGGUUAUCCAAACCGUUGCCUAUACGCUUAAUAUUAGUAUCGACAAAGUAAAAUGUAAACCUUCUGAUACUGCAACAAGUCCAAAUAAUUUUACAACUGGAGGUAGUAGAACUACCCAAGCAGUAUGUUUUGGUGCUAUUAAGUGCUGUCAAAUACUUUUAGACAGAUUAUCUGCCGUAAGAGAGUCACUCAAUAAUCCUACAUGGGAGGUAUUAAUAGACGAAGCUUUUACGAGAGGAAUUAAUCUACAGACAAGCUAUCACGUGAACAGUAAUGAUCAACAGCCUUAUAGAUCAGGUGGCGCUGCAUUGACUGAAGUAGAAUUAGAUAUUCUUACUGGGGAACACGAAGUUUUAAGGGUCGAUAUUAUAGAAGAUGUUGGUACUAGUAUAAAUCCAGAACUUGAUAUUGGACAGAUUGAAGGCGCUUUCCUGAUGGGACUUGGUUACUGGACCCAUGAGGACUUUAUUUUUGAUGAGCACACCGGAGAGUUGCUCACCGAUCGUACUUGGUAUUACCAUGUACCUUUGUCUAAAGAUAUACCUAUCGAUUUUAGGAUACAAUUAAGAAGGAAUUCUUACAAUCCGCUUGGGACUCUCGGAUCUAAGGCUGUAUCAGAGCCGCCAUGCUGUUUAGCAGUUAGUGUAGCGUUUGCCCUACGCGAAGCUAUUGCAUCGUCUAGAGAAGAUACUGGAUAUCCAAGAAACAAAUGGUUUAACGUGGAUGGGCCAUUUACUUUAGAGGCUAACGUUCUGACAGCAAAUGCGAAAUUAGAAGAGUUUCUUUUCUAUUAA